GAAUGAUAGUGAAUCGUUCAAACUGCCACACAUCCUGCAACGGUGAAAUAGGCAGUAACGUCGUCGAAAAACGUGAAAAUGCUUCGACCGAUUCUCGCAGGCCGCUGUCCAUGCCACAUUUUAAUUAUAUUGAUGCUCGCAAAUUCUUUGACGAGCCAAUCGGUUGCGAGCGAAGUGAAGGAGCCGGAGCUUGAUGUGCGAUCAAACAACAAUGAAGAAUUAGACAGAAAUUAUUUGGCGACCCUCAUCGAACGUUUCGAUGCUCUUGCCGCUGCCGCCAAGAAAGAAGAACAAGAGGCCGAAGAAAUGGUGGCCAGCAUUCCGACGGAGCAAAUAGAAGAAGCUUUACGAUUUGGCCAGCAAUACGUAGAAGAAUGGAAGCAGCUGGAACAGCGUAUAGCUAAAGAGGAUGAAAAUCGAUUCAUGCUUCAAGGCACUUCUGACAAAAAUGGUGGUACCUUGUUGUCGCCUGCUGCCAAGUAUUCGGCACGUUUCGCUUUCAUACGACACAAUCCCGCUGCUAUGGCUCAAUCCAAAGAAGCCGCUGUUGAUUACGUGGCUCGACAAUACUUGAGCGACAGAUUGGCAAUUCCGGCAGGAAAAAUUGGGUCGGUUAGUAGAUUGGCUACGUCAUCCAAUGCCACAGAUAGACAGGCUGAACUUCCUCCCCUAUCGCCGUGUGACUUCAAUUCCAAAUUCCGCACCGUAGACGGUUCGUGUAACAGCAAUUACCAACCCAGAUUCGGACAAGCUGGAACAAUCUUUCAGCGACUCCUGGAUUUCAACAUUUACGCAGACAAUGUUGCCCGAUUUCGAGUUAGUGUGAACGGUCAACCACUACCCAGCCCGCGACUCAUCUCGACAACGAUUGUCCUGAACGACACUGUGCCUGACCCCAGCGUGACUUUACUCACGAUGCAAUGGGGACAGUUUCUCGAUCACGACCUUACCCUUACGCCGACGUUUACCAAGAGUGACGGAUCUGCUGUUGAGUGUUGUUCACGAGCACAGAUAGGCAGGGACUUAUUUCCUCCCCCUCAUCCUGAGUGUGCUGCGAUCAUGGUUCCUACCAACGACCCCAAAUACAAUCCAGAUCCCAGUUCAGCCAGCGUGACUUGUAUGAAUUUUGUUCGCUCUACGUUCGGCAAAGAUCUUAGCGGCAACAUACCACGAACACGACAACACGUUAACGCCCUAACGCAUUGGAUCGAUGGUUCAAAUGUCUAUGGCAGUUCUGCAAGUCAUGCGGCAGCCCUGCGAGAUCUAUCGUCGUUUAAUGGCAAAUUAAAAGUGAGCUUCAUCAACGGUCGCCAAUUUUUGCCACCCGGUCCAAAUUGCUGUCCGGGAGGCGCUGGGGCUGUUUGGCCAAACGUUUGUACUUCGACAUGCUUCGAUGCAGGCGAUGAAAGAGUUAACGAACAGCCAUUGCUAACUGUCAUGCACACGAUUUGGGUUCGUGAGCACAACCGUAUCGCAGAUGCUCUUUAUCGAGUGGCUCCUGGUCAAUCGUCUGAAUUCUAUUACCAGCAAGCCCGACGUUUCGUCAUUGCGGAAAUGCAACACAUUAUUUAUAACGAAUACUUGCCUGUUAUGAUUGGUCCAGAAUUGGCUGCUCAAGUGAAUUCUCCAGAGUAUUACUACUUGUCCCAUUUGAACCCUGCCAUUUUCACCGAAUUUUCGACAGCCGCUUUUCGCAUGGGCCAUUCUCAGUUGAGGAGUUUUAUCAGGUUGUUCCAGAGUGAUGGAAGGAGAGACGACGAUCAGAGCUUUUUACUGUCAAAUGCAUUCAAUGAACCCCAGAGAAUUCUGAGUCGUACUUUUUUGGACAAUUCUCUGCGUGGCAUGUUACAGACUCCUGCCCAAGCUGUGGAUCACUGCUUUGCGGAUGACAUUACCAGCCAACUUUUCAAACCAGCCGGCCAAAGACUGGGAUUUGAUUUGAUUUCGUUGAAUAUUCAACGUGGAAGAGACCACGGCUUGCCUCCUUACGUCUGGAUGUUAUACUAUUUAACAGGCAAUUACUUACAACAGUCUCUACCGUUCACGUUUGACCAACUUGUACCCCGAAUUCCCCUGGAGGUGGUUUCUGCAAUGAAAAACGUGUAUGCCCAUCCACGUGACAUUGACCUAUUCGUUGGUGGUGUCAGCGAGAAACCUUUGCCAAAAGCUGUACUUGGGCCAACCUUUGCAAGCAUGUUUGCUCUGCAAUUCGUGAACUUGAGACGGGCAGAUCGUUUUUUCUACUCUUUUAAUCUACCCUUUCAUCAAUUUGCCGAAAUUCAAAAAGUAUCCCUUGCUAAAAUCAUUUGCGACAACAGCGAUGGUACAAUCACCAACAUUCAGCCGAAAGCCUUUCGAGUUCCCGAUAAUUUUCUCAACAAACCAGUACCGUGUGGGAAUUUGCCAGGGAUCGACUUUACCAAACUGCUGCCUUUAUAGUCGUUUUACAGGAAACUGCGAGGAAAUAUAUUUUCGGGGAAAUAUCCUUCUCAUCAGUUUUUCUUGGUGGUGGCUUGGUUUAGUAUGUUACAAAAGUCGGUUUUAACGAAUAAACAACCACAAAAUGGUGCUGGUGAAUUAGA